CUCAUAAUGCUAAUUUCUAUACAGACUGAUGCCAACUAAUGCGGCUAACAUCUUCAGUUAUCUGACGCAGUAUCAACAACACGAACUGGUAUAAGCAAAACAAGUGUAAGGAGAGGGGUAUCAACUCCACUCCUUUCAAAGAGAAUGCAUUACAUGCCGUCGUAGGACAGAGACGUAGCAGAGAUAAUAUUUAUGUGCCGAGAUAAACAUGUGAUAAAUGGGUCAUAGCAAGUGCAUGUGCUGUGCGCGUGUGUGUAUGUGUAGUCAAGCGUGCUGCUCACGACUACAUUCAUGCAUCAUGUAUGUACAUUAUACGCACUCAUUACACGCGUUGUUUGACGCAAAUUUUGCGCAUUUCUUCACUACUCAGCGAGUUCGCAAUUUUUGAGGUACAAAACGAGAUGGCGCUGAAGAACGUCGCUUUUUUUUCAAGAGAAAGAAAACUUGGAAUGUCGCAAUUUGCCUUUCGUAGUGAUUGAAAUAGUGAUUGAAAGUGAGUGUCUCCGAGACUAAUGGUUUAUCCUUGCAAAAUCACAAAAUGAUGAGGUAAAAAGUCAACUUCGCGUUCCAACCAUAUAUUUCGUUCGAGAUGGGCGAAAAACCUGAUUUUCUUGGUGACGGGACUAAUCUCACCGAAAAAUGUGACGACGAUAAUAAAAUUAUAGAGCAAGACGUUCAAUUAAUCACAGAUACAGGAAUCAUUGUUCCAAAUGAUCAUCAUGAAAGUAAAGUAUGCAGUGAUAACAGUGAUUUAACAUUAUUGAGAAAAGACAAUGGAAAGUCAGACUUGAUGGAUAGUAUUAAUCUCGAUAUUGAGAACUCUAUUACUAACGUUCCUAAUACAAACCUUCAAACAUGCCAACAACUGUUCAGUAGUGAAAACUGUCUUUCGCAAAACAGCGGAUAUCUUCGCAAAUCGUUUACCCACAGCGUAUCCCUGCCCACAAUAGCGACAUCAUCUGCAGAUACGUCUUUAGUUGGAAGUAUAGCUAAUAGAUCUAAGAAUGAUACGCAAACACAAAUCAAUUUAAAAACAGCAUGUACCGAUGAAGAAGAGACACUAUUUAAUCAGUCAUGCGAUGUGAAAAAACAAUCUGAAUCCUUGAGAAAUAGAAAAAUUACUGAAGCAUGUCGGAAUAAUUCAUUGGACAAGCACAAUGAACUGGAAAGUAUAGAUUCACAAUUACAAACAGUUGAUAACACGAGUUCAAGUGUGAAAAAUCAAAGCGAGGGAGAUCCAUCAAAGGAAAGUGGAUCCAAUGCACUUAUGCCAAGUAAACAUGCACGAAACAAUCCGAUACCACGAACGGUGCUGGCCGACGACAGUAAACUCGUAAAAAUGUCUCUUCUAACGAAUCCAAUGAAUAUAAUGCAAUCGAAUGCACAGCUGAUAAACAAAAGUCGAAACUUUUUAAACUUUAUUACGGAGAAGUCGACAAACAUCAUGGAGAAAGCAUUGCUGCCGCAACAUUUGGCAAUGAGAUACAAUCACGCGUCGAGAUCUAUCGAAACUGACGCAAGACUUUACGCUAAUAACGAAUCUGCUGCUAGAGGUAUAACGCCUAGAUCAAAUAUAAAUGUAACCACCUCGAAUGAUAUUCUUAGUGCGAAAGGUUGUUCGAUAAAGCGGACUUGUGGCGACAACAAAGACGAGUUGGAUAACGUAGUGAAUAACGAGAAUGAAAUCAAGACGAAUGAAAUCGUGUGCACUGAUUUUCCGCCGAACGAGGAACAAUCAAUGCAUAAUAACGAUCUCGAGAACGACGAAGUGUCAAAAGAGAGAAAGUAUAUCCCUGAAACAAGUAACAUAGGUGUCAUCGCGGCACAAGCGAGAUGCGACGUAUCGCUGACGGAAACGAAUGAAGAUAAAUAUACCUGUUUGCAGACGGAAAAAUUACACGACGAUAAAUAUAAGGAAGAUUCAGAGGAGAAGUUAAAUCGAUCAGACAAAUCGUUCCACGAAAUUCAGACGACUAGGGAUGCGUUGACCUUACAGGUGGAAAACUUAGAGAGGACUGUAAAUAAACUAUCAGCGGAUUUGAACGCGUCGCUGAAUACGCAACAAACUCUAAGAAAGGAAUGUCUUGCAGCUAACAAGGAGAAGGAUAACAUGGUUAUGAAAUAUGUAAUUAGUGAGAAACAGUUGAUCGAUUCGCAAAGAGCGAAAGAAUGCGCGGAACGUAAAGUUAAGGAGGUUCUGAAGGAUCAGGAAUCGCUACAAAACAAGCUGCGCCAAACACAGGGUGAGCGUACAAGAAUAUGUGUCAUCUUGGAUGGUAAAUGUCGCGAAAUAACUGAGCUUCAAAAGGAAAUGGAGACGGUAAAGGAGGACGUUAAGAUAAAGGAAAUCAAACUGAAGUGGUCACAGAAUAAACUUAAAACUGAAAUGGACUCGCAGAAGGACACUCAACAGAAAUUGGAUAAAGCUUUGAUGAAGAUAAAUGAUAUGAAAGAAGAGUGUGAACAGAUACGCCGCGAAACGCAAGAAUCGUUCCGUAAAUUUCAACAGUCCGAAGAGAAUAAGGCUGUAACGUUAGAUCAACAGUUAAAGGAGCAUCAAGCGCGUUUGAUCCUAGAACGACACGUUACUGAAGAUAAGGAAACGCUAAGGCUUCAAUUGCAAAGAGAAUUGGAAAUGCUAAAAUCUAGGCAACAGAGUCUAAUCGAAGAAAAUAAGAGUCUCAACGUGAGAGUUCAAGAAUCCGAGCAAGCUCGAUUGAGCAAUGAGGAUAAUUUGAAUAAGUUAAGGAUAGCUGUUAAUCAGCGUGAAGAACAGAUCGCCGAAUUAUUAAGCAAGGUUUCGCAAUUGGAAACAAUGAAACUCCAGUUGCAACAUAAAGACGAAUGUAUGGCAGCGGUUGAAGCUGAACUUGCGCAGCUACGAUCGGCAAACGAGGAAUUACGAUCUGACAUGCAAGCAUGCCGUCAAAAGGAGGCGGACAUGCUGGACUUUACGCAAAAGUUGACACAUAAAAAUGUAUGUCUUCAGUCGGAGUUUACCGCGAUUGAGACAAAAGCGAAUCAUCUCGAAUCCGAACACGGUCCGCUACGUGAUUGUAUCGGUGAACUGACCAGUAAGGUCAAAGCUCUGGAGGAGGACUUGGCGCAAGAACGAAGAAAGAGACGAGAGGAGUGUGAGAUCUUGGCUAGACAUGUCGCCGAACAGACUCAGCUCGCGCAGAACUUUGCCCAGAAAUUGGAGGAUAGUCAGGGCGAAAAUGCAAUACUGAAGAGGAAGCACCAAGUGUCCAUAAAGGAGAUGGCACAAGAAUUGCAACAGUGUCGUAGAAAAUUAGAGAUGUUGGAAGCCGCUUCGCCUAAUAAUUCAUUAGAUAUUGCAUCCAGAACGGGAUCUAAUACUUCUCUAAAUACAGGUGAUGCGUUGAACGGCGCCUUAUCGGAUAACAAUUCCAACGGUGAUCAUAUCCAUUCCGUAGAACCUAGUAAACAAGUACUGAUUGACCGCAUCAUCAAGCUGCAAAAGAUCAAUGUAAAAAGAGCGGAGAAAUUAGAUUUUCUAGAGGAACAUACGCAAACGUUGGUCGAAGAGUUGCAGAAGAAAACAAAAAUAAUACAAAACUAUGUUUUACAUCAAAACUUUGGAGCUCUGACAUGUAACGAAAGAGAUAGACACAAGCAUAUCAAAAGCAAAAGGGAUUCAGCGGAAUUGGCACGACACGGAGGCAUAAUGGCAUCUGUUUACAAUCAUCGAGUCUCGGAUGAGAACAUGACGCUGGAACUUUCAUUAGAGAUCAACCAAAAAUUACAAGCUGUUCUUGAGGAUGCAUUAUUGAAAAACAUUACCCUAAAGGACAAUAUCGAUACAUUAGGUAAUGAGAUAGCGAAAUUAACAAUGCAGCAUCAACAAAAACAAAUUGAAAAUUAAUAAUUAGAUGUUGUGUGUAUAUAGGACGUCGUUAUGUAGAUAUAGUAUACGACUAUUGUAUGUUAAAUAUUCAUUCAAGAGAAUUAUUUCCCAUUUACAUUAUGAUUUGUUACCUUUAUCUUGACAAGAGAUGUUCUUAUUUAUUACAUUAUCUGUUAUUAUACGACUCGCAACACACUAUGUAGACAUAUUGCUACUGCUUCGUCUCGAAUUGUAUAUUCCUCAUAAAUUUACUUUAAAGAAACUUUACGAACAAGUAACUGACUGCGACUAAUAUAUUUUCUAUUUUGUUUUAAACAUGUAAUAUAUCAUCAAACACAUGAAUGCCGUACACUUACAAAUUUUUAAUUUCUAUCUAAAAAGUAUCGUGUAUCAUGUGUUUAAUUGUAUCGAAGUAUCAUGUGUUUAAUUGUUUAAAUAGAUUUAGAAAUGUUAAUUUAAUAGUUGUACAUAAUUAAUUCAAUCACAGAGUCUUGCAAUGGUGCAUUUAUCAGUUAUUCUAGUUUGAUAAGUGUAUAUGUACACACUUGUUUAAAAUUCAUAUAAAUUAGAUUAAGUUUUUUGAAAAGAAGAAAGAAAUUAUAUGCAUAAAAUGGACAUGCUUAUUAAUCCUAAGUACAUGUAUGUGUAUAUGUAUAUAUUAUUACUUUUAGUAAAUUGUCACUUCAAGGAAGAAGAUCGCCUACACUUAUUAAGGGAAUAUCAUAAUAACGCUAGAGAUCUGUUAAAUAAAGAUUUAUUUUGCAAGU